AUGAACCGGAUGGAAUCCAACGACUCCCCGCAGUCGGCGGUGACGGCGGUGAACCCUCCGCCACGCUACCCCAACUCGAUGCUUCUGCGCGAGGUCACCGACACGACGGUAUUGGAAGCCCUCAAAGAAGAAGAAGGCCUGCGUGCCGAGCAAGGCGAACUCCGCGAUAAGAAGCGCAGCAUCAAAGCCCAACUCGACACGCUGCUGCGCAACCGCAACGUCGUGAAGAACAAAGCGCAUGAGCAGUUCGAUGAGAAAAUCAACUACCUGCACAUCGAACGCCGACGCCUUCUCGGCGCCCUCGAAGAGCUGCGAGAGCGCCGAGGCAGCCGCGCCUCCGCCCGCGACAAAAUUGUUGAUCUCGAGUGUGAGAUGCGCAUCGCGGCACACGCCUCCGGUGUCGCCGAAACGCGCCUUUUGGCGGAGCAGGAAAAGUUGAAGAACGGCAGCGGCGCCGCCAAGACGUCGGAGCAGAAGAAGGUUGUGGAGAGGUGCAGGAAGGAAGUUGCGGUGAGGGAGGUGGAGAGGCUGCUGAAGGAAGAGGAGUACGCCAAGGCACGAGCGGAGUUCAGCGCGUCGGCUCCCGACUUCGCCGAGCGCAGCGCCCGCGACGAGGAAUUUCGAGAUUUACAUGCGCGGCUGAACGCCGUCUUCGACGAACUCGAGACAGCUAAUCAGAAACUUCGCGCAGCCGCCGGGACGGAGGGGGACACGGAGAAGGUCGAGGCGACACGUGCGCAGCAGGAAGAAAUCGACGCCGCUCUCGAGAAGGUAGAGAGUCGACUCGCAGCGAUCCGUGCGGAGUUGUUCCCGGCGUCGCAGCACUUCACGUACAACACGGCCUACCAUCAAGCCCUUAUCGGCCGCGGCGGGGCAACGCUGCGGCAGCUGCAGGAAGACUUCGGUGUUGCCAUUUGCGUCGACAUGCUGCCGCCGGGGCAUGGGUUUGUGCUGGGCGGGGCGGCGGAGGCGCGGGCCUGCAUCUCCGCGAUCACCGCCAUCAUGAAAGAUGAGGAGGCGAAGAACGCGUCCUCUACGCUGCUCUUCACGCAACCACACUUCCGCAAGGAACUCAUCGGCCCGCGCGGGUCCACGGUGGAGCGCUUCCAGGACGAGUACGACGUGCGCAUGCAGAUGGAUGAAAGCGGUGUUACCAUCACCGGCCGCCGCCACGACGUCGCGGAGGCACGUGAGACUAUUUGCGCGUACCUGGACACCUUCACGCUGCGCGAGAUGACGCUGCCGGUGGCGUCGCUGCCGUCGCUGCUUGGUCGCGGAGGGCGCAACAUCACGUGCAUCAGCGACAGCAGCGGUGUCCGCGCACUGCGGGUGGACCGGGAGCACGGUGUAGUGCGUGCGACGGGCACGCCGGAGGCGAUCGAGCGCGCCUUCGCUCUCUGCCGCUGCGCCACCAGCGAAGGCGACGGCGCUACGAAGACGGUCCUCGCCGACGACGCGUGGAUCGGCGCCGUCAUCGGACCACGCGGGGCAACGAUUCGCCGGCUGGAGGAGGAGACCAACGCGCACGUGCAGUGCAGCGGCGGCGCCAUCACGCUGACGGGCACGGAGGAGGCGGUGAAGUCGGCGUAUGAGCGCGUCGUGGCGCUGCGCCGGACGGAGCGGACGGUGUCGGCGGAUUUCAAGCGGCUGCACUUCUUAACCUCCCCGAUCGUCGCACCGUCCGAAGUGGAGGAGUGGCAGACGCCCACUGUGCGCUCGCCGACGCUGAUGCGUCGAGGUUCCUCGUACAUCACACCCCUCGAGGCGGUGCGACGCGCGACGCAGUGCGACCAAGUUGUUCCGCUCCGCGCGGAGGGCAGCGUGAUGCUGCGCGGUUCACCGGACGCCGUGAACAACGCCUACAGCCUGCUGAAGCUGCUACUCCGACACAACGAGCCCUUCUCCAUCAACGUGGCGUUUCUCGACAUCCUGCGCAGCUUCAUGACGAACCGUAACAGGAAGUGGGACGGCAAGAACCUGUUCGAUUACAUACCAUCUCUCUUCGCCUCUCCGGUGCGCAUCGACGUGGACUGGGCAGCGCGGCGGCUGACCGUCAGCUCCUGCAGCGAGCACGAGGCCCGCGCGGCGACAAGUAAAGUCGUGGCCUGCCUGCGCGACUACAGCGCCACCCACGUGCGGCUUAUCUCGCACUUCCCCGACUAUGCGAUGGGUCGACUGCUCGGGACGCGUGGAUCGACGAUUCGGCAGCUGCAGGAGGCGACCGAGACGGAGAUUAUGCUGGUGCGAGACCGAGCGCAGGUGCAGGUGCUGAACGCUGCCGGGGAUGUGGAGAAGUUAGAGUCGGCCGUGCACGCCAUCCGCGUUGCGGUGUUUGGUGAGGAGGAGGACGAGGACGAGAGCAACAACAAGGAAGACGGUGAAGGUCUUUCUCGCUCCGCCGGGGAUAUGUUCGCUGCACAGACACCCACGCACCGUGGAGUCGCAGCGUAA